GCCACACGUGUUGCCGACGCGGCGCAUCGCGCACACGCGUACACCGCGCUCGUUCGCUCGAUCCGUUUCGUCCGUCGCAGGCGCCGCGCCGUCCGGUCCGCCAGCCGCCGCGAGUGUUGUGCGCGUGCUUUCCGUUGUUUUGGGGCAAACGGUUUUUUUUUUAUUUCCGGCCCGCUCUCACGAUCUCGUCAUCAGUGGCGGUUUACGUGACCGUCAUCUGCAUGUGGUAAUGUAAACACGAAUCCGUCGCGACACUCGCGCUCAAGGCAUACCCGGUCAUAUAAUAGGUGCGAAACCGACGGAGACGAAACAUUUGCGCCCAAAUGGAGUUUGCGGCGCUCGGCUGUAGAAUCGCAGAAUUCCAGAAGAUCCGACAGUAAUAUGUCAUCCAUCGCACCUGAAGACCGACCGUUCAUAUUCCGCGUCAACGAUAACGGCACUGGCCCAGUUCUGCUCAUACAGGUGUGUCAAGAACGUGGCUGGAAGGAAUACGAUGGUACUAAGAGCGGAGACUCCGCGUGGUCGGUGCCGGCCGACGAGUAUUGGAACCUGUGGUGGAAAUCGACCGGAUUCUCGUUGUCACACUAUAAACAGCAGAAAAUAUGGCAGUUCAACAACCAUAUACCCAGCGGAUCAGCAUUGUGCCGGAAGGACAACUUGUGGCGGUAUUUGAAAUGCAUGAAGAAUAUAUUCGGCACGUCGCUGUUCGGGUUCAGUCCAGACUCCUACAACCUGCCGCUAGAGUAUACAAAGUUAGCUGCCGAAUGCAGCCAUGACACUGACGUCGGAGAGAAGUCGAUUUGGAUAUGCAAACCGGUUGGCCAAAGUCAAGGAAAAGGCAUAUCUUUGAUUUCGCAAAUCGGAGAGCUCGUUUAUGACACAAACAUCGUGGUCCAGAGGUACGUGAAGAAUCCUAUGCUCAUCGGAGGAUACAAGUACGAUCUGCGGUUGUACGUGCUGGUGCCGUCGUUUCAUCCGCUCACCAUAUACGUCUACAGGGAGGGACUGACCCGAUUCAGUACCGACAAGUAUUCGCUGAAUAACCUCGACAACCACUUUGCGCACCUGACCAACAGUUCGAUCAACAAGCUGGGCCCGAACUAUUCGGAGACCAAGGAGAAAAUCGGACUAGGAUGCAAGUGGACCCUCCAACAGCUUCGGCAGCACAUACGCCAAGCCGGAGUCAACGAUUGGCUGUUGUGGCAAAAGAUAUCAGUUCUCGUCAGUCUUACGUUGGCCAGCCAAUGCACGGGCAUACCGAGCACGUCAAAUUGUUUCGAGUUAUACGGUUUCGACAUACUGGUCGAUUCUGAUCUAAAGCCCUGGCUUCUAGAGGUGAACCUCAGUCCGGCGCUGGGCAACGAUUGCGACGUGGACAAUCGGGUGAAAAGGCCGCUGUUGCACGAUAUGUUCGACCUGCUCGGGCUGCCGAUGUGUAACACCGGUCUGUCGCUGUUCCGGAUGGCAUGCCGGUCGGCGUCGGGUCCGCGGUUCGGCGACGGACGGCCGACCGCGUUGGCCGCCGCCGCCACGGAAAAGUGGAAGUCGAAACGCAAGACGAACAACAACAACAACAACAACAACACCGCCGCCGCCGCCAACAACAACAACAACAACAACAACGCCGUCAACGCUGCGAAGAGAGACGGCGGCGCGGCCCCGGUGACGUCGACCAUUACGCAGUCACAGACUUCGGCGCGUCAAUCGACGCUGUACGGUCCGGGCAAGCAGCGGGGCGCGACCACUGCGCAAGCCGCGGCCGCCGCCGACAUGUGCAACUCGCCGUUCCGGCCGCCAGUGUGGGGCAACGGUCGGGACUGGAGCAGGCCCGCCGACUCGGAAGGCGACUGGGUCCGGGUGUUCCCUUUCGUGCCGUCCCCUCGGCAAUUGCCGCGGUCCGGCGUCCGGCCGUCGCAGCAGCAGCAGCAGCAGCAGUUCUGCGCCCGCAGGUCUGCGUCGUCGUCGUCGCCGUCCGAGACGGGCACGGCCCGCGCCACCAUCAAGACGAUUCAAGAGUACCUAAAGUGUUGCAAGAAGGUGGCCAGGUCAUGCGAGGGCCUGUCCGUCGUGCCGGACGGCGAACUCAACGAGAAGCUCAGAGACCUGUUCCCGGCCGCGACGAUGACGUGGCUGCCACCCCACUGAAAGACUUGAUAUUUUAUUUUGAUUGAAAUUCGUUCGCCACCUUACCUAAAGUAUAUUAAUUAAUAUUUAUUAUGUUAUAUCGAUUGUUAUUGCGCAUAUAUUGUACUAUCGUUUGAUGUUAAAUUGUUGUUAAUAUACCAAGCAUAUUAUAUUUUUUGUAAUAUUUAUCGAUGAAUGACAGUUAUUUCGAAUUAUUAUCAACUAUUAAAAUAUAGUUAGGUAGGUAAAAAUAAUUGUAAACUUUUUGUUUUUUUUUUCUUUCUUCUC